GAUUUGGCUGGUUGAGCUCCCAGGCUGGUCCCUCCGGGUGCUCCCCUCCCAGCCGGGGGGGCAGCCCAGACCCCCGGGUGAUGGUUCGAGAGACAGCUCUGUCCCUUGUCCACCACCCCGUCCCUCGGCAGGUGGCUGUGCAGGAGAGGGCUGGCCGGCUCUGCCCGCACUGGGCGGGACUGGGAGCACUGGGAGCGCUGCCACGGAGGGGUGGGCUGUGGGAUCGGGACGGAGGGAGCGCAGAGCACAGGCUGGAUGCGGCUGAGAGCCCUCUCACAGCCCCCGCAGGAUCUCCGCUGGCUGGGACUGCGGCAGGCGGCACCUUCCCCAGAGUGAUGGAAAACAAAGUGCUUAUGUCGUUUGCAUUCUACAGCACGAUCUUGAUUUUAAAAAUGUAUGUUGUGGCCAUCAUUACAGGACAAGUGAGACUCAGAAAGAAGGCAUUUGCAAACCCGGAGGACGCGCUGCGCAACGGGGGGCUGCAGUACCACCGGGAGGACCCCGACGUGGAGCGGUGCCGCAGGGCCCACCGCAAUGACAUGGAGAACAUCUUUCCCUUCCUUUUCCUUGGGGCCAUCUACUCGCUGCUGGAUCCCAGUCCUGCAGUGGCCAGGAUCCACUUCUUCAUCUUCUGCGUGGGGCGCAUCGUCCACACCGUCGCCUACCUCUUGAAGCUGAAGGCGCCCACGCGCUCAGUGGCCUACAGCGUGGCACAGCUGCCCUGCUUCUCCAUGGCUCUGCAGAUCCUCCUGGCCACCACCCCGUACUGGUAACCCCCAGCAAGACCAACCAUCCAAACCCUGCGCUCUGCUGGUUCCCCCGGCUGGACUGGGUGCUGCGUGUGCGAGUGUGAGUGUGCACAUGUGUGUGUGUGUAUGUACAUGUAUGUACAUGGCUGCCAGGGAGGCUGCCUGCACCCCAGGGAUGCUCAGUGCAGUCUUGAUAAAGGUGCCACUGAAACUGAGCAGGGAAGUCAUCAGAGAGAAGGGGCAUGUCUCCCUGUGGGGCGGGAAGGGGACACAGAGGCAGGUUUCUCUUGCUCCUGCUAAGGGUGGGAGGGGGAAAGCACCUGGACUGCCCCUCAAGGAAGUGGUUUAUUGAAGAAAAAAAGGUUUUCUGGCCCAACUGCAUUCAGAACUGGGAAGGGGAAGAUGUGCCCUUUCCCCUUGGUCACAAAUACCCCAUGAAUCAGGAAGGGAAGAUCAUAAGGGUCUCACAAAGUCUCGUGGUAAGCAGACAUGGGUGGUAGCAGAGUGGGGGUUAUAAAACAGCUGGCCCUCCCCAGCUGUGUGAGUCUGUGGAAAGGGGGUUCCCUGAGGUCCCCUCUGCACUGAGGAGGACAGGAGGCAGGUGCCUGCCAGGCAGCAUAACGUGGGAGUUGACAUCUCAGGGGUGACGCUGUGAAGCCACCGAAGCGUUCAGUGCUCCCAGCGCUGCCUCGUCUCACACCAUGGGACGCAGGUCCUGCCGAGGAGCCUGGCUGCAGGCAGGAGCCGCCUGUCCCAGCACAGACACCCCACAGCCGGUGAUCAGCACCUCCUGGCCAGCAGCAGCUGUGGCUUUUCCAUCUUGCUCUCACCGUGGCAAGAUUCAGAGGGAUGUGCCUGGAGCAGCCAUUAGGAAUCGCUUCCCCCAUCGAGAGCCGGACACAAAGCUCUGGGACUUACAGAAAGACUGAGAUGCUCACACAGAACUGGGGGUUUGCGGUUUGCAAACAGAGCUUUCUCCCAAGGGUGAUAUCUGCGUUCACGUGCUGCUGAUGGCUGAAAACGCUCCCAGGGCAGCAGGCUGAAUUUCUCCCCCUCUGUUUGUAGCCUUUCUCUGGCCACAGAAUGGCCAUUACUAUUUGGGGAAUGUGCCGUGACCGCUUUGGUGGUGUUUUGUUUCAGCUGUUUCCUGCUGUCCACCGCUGCCGAGCCGUGCGCAGCUGGGAUUAACUGGUGUUUGCAGAAAGCUCUGGAAAUUAGCAGAAUGGCUUUGAACCUCCUUGCCGCAGAAUACUGCUGCUCUGUGGUGUCACCUGAAAGCCACCGUGUUGGAGAGGAGGGGCUGGGACCAGGGUGCUGCAGGAUGACAAACGCUCGUGGGCUCCUCUGCUGUGCGGCUGUCCCAAAGUGCCGAGGGCUGGUCCAGGCAGCAGCAGCACACGAUGGAGCAUCCCAAUACAGGACAGGGCAGGGGGAGGGCUCUGCUGUUCAGUGCCGUCUCCCUCCAUGCAGAGUUUUACUAAGAUCACAGGGCAAAACUGGAAUGAGCAGAAAAUAAAUUCCCCUUCCACCUGUCCUAAGCAUGAAAGCUGUUCCCUUAACCCCACUGUCCUCAUGGAUGCUCUUCCUGAGACCUCACUGAGUGUGCACAAAUCACGGGGUGAAACAUCAGCUCAGACUGAUGCUCUGAGCCCUUGCCCAGCUCAGGUCGGAGCUUCUGUACCAGUAACUCCUGACCUCAGCCUAGAUGUGCCCUUAGGCGAAGCUGUUUGCUGAGGUUUGGGGCAGAGUGCUCUGCUGUCCCGCAGGGGACACGGGGCCCAUGGGCUGUGGAGGGUGGGCAGGACUGCGGGUUCAGCAGUUUGCUCUUGGCCACUUCUCGUUUACACAGCCCCAGCAGAUGUCUGGUUAAUACACCCCCCUCUUAACAAGCCUUUCCUGCCUCACAUGGUGCACAAGGUCCCAGACUCCUGUAGGUUUUGCUGCUGCUGCACAUGCAUCCUAGUGGCAGGAAGCAAAUAUUCCCAAUAAAAACAAACCAUUGUGCUCUGAUACAUCCUUCCUUCAGGAGCAGCAGAUGCAGCUGGGUAGCAGCUGGGUCCAGCCCCAGCAGGACAGCUCCCCAGCUGCAAAGCGCUUUGCUAAACCCCACUGCAUAGCCUGGAGUGCCCCAGAACACCUAAAGAGAUGUCCCUGUCCUUGGGGCCCACCUGCCCUGCAGAGAAAGCUCUUGUCCAGGUGUGCAUUAUUGGUGCUGAUCCUUUAAAUUCAGCAGAGCUGAGCCUUGUUGGGCUCAGUUUUCCUUUCUAGAGCAGCAGGUUGCUAUAAAGCUUGGUGUUCCCCAACUCUCCUCCAUCCCAGCUCCCUCAGAGCAGGUUACUGGUAUGAGAUGCUUUGUACCAGCAAGUUUUCUUCACUCCUGCCUGCGUUCAGUCAGCUGCUUUUUCCCAGGGGACCAAGCUGAUUCUUAAAUCCUGGAGGGCUGGAGAAGUUCAGGUAAGAUGUGGUUGCUCUCAUUUCUGUGCUUACACCUUGCAGAGGAGCUGCCUGUGUUUCUCAAGCUCAGCAGCCCCUCCUUUUACCAGUAGCUUACUGGGAAGCGAAAGCCUCAUUUCCCUGUUUUUCCCCUAUUUUCUUAAAAUGUUUAUGUUUGUGAGGUGCUGCCCCAUUGGUGUGUGUGUUACCUGGUUGAAAUGGACAAAAUGACUCCACUUGGUAGGGUUUUUUUCUUUCCCUCAUGCUUUUUUGUUUACAAUAAGUAAGGCAGUGGCUUUAUAAAAUGGACUCUCUCCAGUACACGUUGCUGUGGUUAGAAAUGCAGCUGGGACUGAGAUUUUUUUUGCCAUGCAAAGGAAAAAAUGGGGCUGCAGAACCAGCCCCUUCCCCAAAUCCCCUUCAGCCUCCUCCUGCCUGUUUGGUGCCUGAUGCCCUGCUCAGGGAAGCUGGGGUUACAUGCAGAGCUCUCCUUUCUUCUUUUUUAUUAAAUAAAAUAAAAUAAACCACACUGUACUGGCUACAGGGAAAAGCUUGGGAACGUGAACCCUCCUGGCUCCAAAAAAACAAACAGUAAAAGCCCACAAGGCAAACUUCA